AUGGUGCAUCGGCCGUUGGCGCCACUCUGUGUUGACGUGCCGGAAUUCUUCCCCAAAAGACCGGGAACUUGGCCCAUCGAGGAUCACACGAAGCCACUUCAAUUCUAUCCCCCUACGUCCAACAGUCCUUAUCAUGAUGAAUUGUUCCCCUACAAGGGACAUGUCGCUAACAGGAAAACCGUCACCCUGUACCAACAGCAACAACAACAGCCGCAGCAGACGUCAUCGCAGGCUGCGGCGGGCAUGUGCUCGACAAUCCUACAUCGCCCAAUCAGAAUCCAGGAGUCCGUGACCAAGUCGCCGAUGCCGCAGCAGAGCACCAUCCACAAGAGCCCGACCCCCAUACCCGUUUAUCAAAGACCCGGGAAACUCAUCACCGACUACCCUCAAAGGCGUAAAAACCAGGGUGUAGACUUCAACAACCUCAUACUCCUUACCAAGAGCGCGAUGAAGGUCAGACGUAACCAGAUCAAGGGACCGAAGAAGAGUCUCGCCGAGGCCGCCACUAGCAGACUCCUACAAUCCUCGAACACCUCGACCGCAGCCACCGUAGUAGCAGCAGCUGCAGCCGUCAAACCCAAUACUUCGACGAGCCGGUGGUUGGAUAAGGGAUCACAGCCGCGCAGAGAACGAGAGUACCUGACCGUGUGCACGAGCAUCCCGCGCUCGGCACAUGGACGCAGGUUCGGGAGCAAAGAAUCACCGGAGGACGAGGCCGGGGGCUCGGAGACGCCCGGGACCAAGCGCCUCUACAGGGACGUGCUUGGUGGGAAUCAAAUCGAGGAGGCGGCUGGUUUCGAGGGGAGGUACGACGAGCUCGAGAGGCAGGCCAUGGAGCAGUACAGGACGUCCGAGGAGUGCCUCGCGCUUCGAUACCAAGAACUAGAGCAACAGGCCAUGGAACAGUACAGAAAUGCUGAAAGCUCCGAAAGCAUUAAUAUGGAAUUCGAGAGUCAUUCGUUAAAUCCUCAAAACGACGGCGAAGGAGUCAAUAACAUUGCCAACGAUGACGUCAAUCCAGAGACUCGCGAAUGCUCAUCGGGGUUUGGAAAGUACAAUCAUUCAAAAAAAGCUCUCGUCGACGACGAAAAAGGUAACGAGCAGCGUAUCAAGAUCCUGAAGCCGAUGAGCAAAUCCGCAGCGAUUGUGCACCGAGUAGCAAGUGAAGGGAGUUUGCGACCCAUCGCCGUUGCUAAAAGAUUAACCGGAAUUAACGGAAACAGCAGCUACGGACGCGAGUCGAAAAACACAAUUAGGGGUGCAUCGAGAGAGAAGAUUGUGAAAACGUCAUCGUUGUCGUCGUUAAAACGCCGCCUGAUGCCGAUGUCACCCUUGGAUUACAACAAAUCGGGCGUCUAUCUGACGAAGAACGCGAGCCUUGAUCCGGUGAAAACUGUGCAGACCCUCGACAAGCACGUAGCCGCUUACUAUCGAAACACCAAAGUCAUCCAGACUGGAAGCGGCGACGAUAAAGCCAACAACGCCGGAGUGUGGCUAUCUGACUUUUGGAGCUAGUCCAACAAGAUAAUGCCAGUCGCAGGGACAGAUUUUAAGAAACACGAAAUGAAGUCCUUUACUUACCACUGAGAUAAGUUUAAUUUUGUAUCAAAGUAAUUUGAGUUCUGGUUGUAAAGCGAACAUAUCGCCGGACGCAUUCAUAUUUUCUACGUUAGAAUAAUGACUAAUAAGAUUGUUUUAAGUUGAAAAACUAUUGCAAAAGUAAAAGUAACUAGAAAAAAUUGCAAGUUUAAUGUAAACAAUAUAAUUUCGUUUCGUCCUUUACCUCGUAUGAAAGACAAAAAAGAAAAA